AUGGAAGGGUUGGAAGUUGCAUGGGGAAUACUGAUAGGCUCCGUUAUUGGGUUCUUACUGGCAGCGACCCUAGUGAUCGGAGCUCUCGUCUGCCGCAAAUACCGAGCAAAGCUCCGUACGGGAACGAGUGUGUCCGCGUCACAGAGGAUCACAGCGGCCAGCGCAGCCGAGUCGGACUCCAACCUCGGCCGAGACUCGCCGCGAAGUUCGGAGUGGAGCAACAUGUCCAUGUGGCUCGAGGCCCUCAAGAAAAAGAACGUCGUCUCCGCUUGUGGCAUACCCAAGUAUUCGUACGGAGACAUCAAGAAAGCGACGUGUGACUUCACGACGGCUAUUGGGCAUGGGGCGUUUGGGCCUGUCUACAAGGCCCAAAUGAGCACCGGCGAGACUUUUGCUGUGAAAGUUCUUGCUUCUGAUUCCAGGCAAGGCCAGCAUGAGUUUUUGGCUGAGGUUUUGUUACUUGCAAGACUACACCACAACAACCUUGUGAGCCUGAUGGGAUAUACUGCAGAAAUGGACCAGCUUAUGCUUCUUUAUAACUACAUGAGCAGUGGCAGUCUUGAUUCACAUUUACAUGCUGAUAAUCAGGUGCCAUUGAGCUGGGAUUUGAGGGUUGCAAUAGCUCUUGAUGUUGCAAGGGGAUUGGAAUACCUACAUUAUGGGGCUGUUCCUCCUGUUGUGCACCGCGACAUCAAGUCUUCCAACAUACUGUUGGACCAGUCAAUGAAAGCUAAGAUUGCUGAUUUCGGGCUUUCAAGACAAGAUAAGAUGAAAUCACGUUCCUCUGGUAUCAGGGGAACCUUGGGAUAUGUUGAUCCUGAGUAUGUGGUAACAAGAAUCUUUACCAAGAAAUGUGAUGUUUAUAGUUUUGGUGUGCUGCUGUUUGAACUAAUUACAGGCAGGAAUCCACAGCAAGGUCUCAUGGAAUAUGUGGAAUUUGCUACAAUGGAUGCGGCAGAUUCACUUGCAUGGGAAGAGAUUGUGGAUCUUCGUCUUAAUGGAGAAUUUGAUGUACAAGAACUAGCUCAGGUUGCUGAUCUUGCUUACAAAUGUGUUGGUAAUGUCUCCAGAAAACGGCCUUCUAUGAGGGACAUAGUGCAGACAUUAUCAGUCAUUUUGAUGAAGAGACGUAGCGCAAAGAAACACCAGCAUACUCCAACUGCAGCAGCUGAAGAAACUUACAUUGAAAUUGAGCUGAUAGAGAAACAGGAUCAUUUAAUUGAACGCUGA